GACACCUGUAGAUGAUUAUUAAUUUUUUGCUGUAGAACAUGAGUGAGUCAUCUACGUUGCUAGUUUUGGUCAUAUCUAUAUAUAAAUGGACAUUCAGGGAAAGUUUGAAUGUACUUAAAAAAGAUACAAGAAAUCGAAGAUCCAAAACGAUGCAGUUUCAUUUGUGUAGAGUAGCGUCUCCAGCUUCACCAUCUUCUUCUUUUUCUUUUUCUUGCAGUUUAAUAGCGUUGGCCUUUCUUGCGACAAGUAUUCAUGUGUGGACAACAACAACAGCUUUGAUAAAGCUACCACCUAAUGUAACAAUUCCAGCAGUUUUAGUAUUUGGGGAUUCCAUAGUUGAUGCAGGUAAUAACAACGAUAUCCAAACUCUGAUCAAGUGUGAUUUCCCUCCAUAUGGGUUGGAUUUCGAGGGAGGAAUUCCGACAGGCAGGUUCUGCGAUGGAAAGAUUCCCUCAGAUAUCAUAGCGGAAGAACUAGGAAUUAAGGAUACUGUGCCUGCUUAUUUGGACCCAAUGGUGAUGCCUCCAGAACUCGUUACAGGAGUAACCUUUGCUUCAGGUGGCACAGGAUAUGAUCCCUUAACACCAAAAUUAACAUCAGUUUUAUCCUUGGCCGAUCAAUUACAAUACUUCAAAGAAUACAUAGAGAAGCUGAAUGGAUUUUUUGGAGAAGAAAAAACAAACUUUAUCUUAGCAAAUAGUUUGUAUCUAGUCGUAGCUGGCAGCGAUGACAUAGCCAACACCUACUUUGUUCUACGUGCGAGGAAACAGUAUGAUGUUCCUGCAUACACAGAUCUUAUGGCUGAUUCCGCUUCUACGUUCAUCCAGGAUUUAUAUAAUCUGGGGGCAAGGAGGAUAGGAGUUUUCAGUGCACCACCAAUUGGAUGCGUGCCAUCGCAGAGAACUUUAGCAGGUGGAGCUCAAAGAGACUGCGCAGAAAACUACAACCAAGCAGCAACCUUAUUCAAUUCCAAAUUGUCUAAAAAGUUGGAUUCUCUUAAUGCCAUUCUCCCUAACAGCAGAAUUGUCUAUAUAGAUAUCUACAAUCCUCUCCUCAAUCUCAUCCAAAACCCUAACAAAUACGGUUUUCAAGUGGCAAAUAAAGGAUGCUGUGGAACAGGUGCCUUAGAGGUUGCUAUUUUAUGUAAUAAAUUUACUCCAGUCACUUGUAUUAAUGUUUCUGAUCAUGUAUUUUGGGAUAGCUAUCACCCCACAGAAAGAGCAUAUAGGGUACUUGCCUCACAACUCCUUAGUAAGUUUGUGGAAAGUUUCUUCUGAGCCAAUUUUUGCUUGCAGUGUUACACUUGCUGAUUUUAUACCAAUCUUCCUGUUUAUUCAUUUUA